UGUUGUUUGUUGCCAGUGUGGGGAUCACGUGACACACGCUCUCCCCAGAGAGCACUUCCGGUAACGUUUCCUGUGUUUGUAAACUGAAAAGAUUGUCCGACAAGAAAACAUUGGGCUACUGUAAACGAAGAGGAGUAAGGCUUGGGCCCCUGAUGGUUGGGGCUUGUGUGGUCUCUAAACACUCUCUCUGCCCCGAGCGAAGUUCUCUGUAAUCCAACACACACACACACACACUCUCAUCACUGCGAUGUCACACCUUUCCAACACCUCAGUGCGAGAUCACAUGAAAUGGGCUGGGUUGCUUGGCUGUGAAGCGGUGCUGUCCAGCAUGGCACUCAUGCAGGCCGGCUCCAUGCCCAGCCAUAAGAAGAUGGGCUCUCAUCUGGGCCAGGGACAGAGAGAAAACAGUCACAGCCACAAUCACAACCAGGACACCCACAGCCAACACGGCCACAUGGUGCUUCCCUCAGGAGUCAGCUGCCCACCACUGCUCAUCCGCAAGGACGGAGAGUUUCACUCUUCCAGGCUCUUGGAUGAAAAAGACAUGCAAGCCAGCCAGAACGUGCAGCCAAAGAAGAAGAACAGGAAGUCUGGACUUCCCACCAAAAUGAGAGAAAAACCCCAGGUGGAGAUUCCUGACGUUAAUGACGAUAACUCACUCAGCUCUCAAGUGCAGAAGAACUUCAUAUGUGAGCACUGCUACAGUGCUUUCCGCAGUAGUUACCACCUCAAACGGCACAUUCUCACCCAUACAGGGGAAAAGCCAUUUGCAUGUGAUAUGUGUGACAUGAGGUUUAUUCAGCGCUACCAUCUGGAAAGACAUAAGCGUGUUCACAGCGGUGAGAAGCCUUAUCAGUGUGACCGCUGCCAACAGAACUUUUCCAGAACUGACCGGCUACUACGACAUCGACGUUUGUGUGCCGUGGGCAUCCCUAAAGAGGAGAACCAGCCGUGCUGUGAGGGACGGUCUUAUUCUCAGGACCCCUCCCAGCACUCGGCGUCCUGGAGCCCACUGCAGACAAACAACAGCAGGCUGGCGGCAUGACAGCCGUCCGAUCGUGUUCAAACCACUUCCCAGCAAACACAAUGGACUCGCCAACAUGACCUGACCGGGGUCUGAGCCUGUAAAAACUGUUUAAAGACUCCAACACGUCCAGCUCGGAUUCAGUCGGCUCAACCCCAGUGGACUGUUUUAUACUGCUUAGACUCUGGGAAAUAGCGUAUUUUGUAAUUUAGACGGUACUGUGAUCAGCAGGUGGGUUAGUUGUGCAUUCAUCCCAGUCAGUAAUGACUUCUGCUAGUUUAGAAAUGCUUGCUUAUGUAGUUCCCAUGCAGGACUGUAGAUUGUUGGGAUUCUCAGUGUUACAAUGCGCUUACAUUUACUGUUGCUCUGCGAAAUGUUGCAAGCAAAAUCCAGUCAUUUCAAUAGGGAUCUGCACAAUCGGGAGUUUCACAUGAAGCUGAAAAAGUUCCACAAGCAGAUUUAGCUUCUUUUUAAGUUGGUUACACAAAUUCACAGCUUAGACCAAGAGAAAGCUACUUGGUUUUAAAGUGACGUGUGCUACAUGCAUCACUACACUACUGACAAAAGACAAUGGGCCUUUUCCGCCACAAAAUUUCACUGAAUUUACAGAAUUACAAACAAGUCAGUCGUAGUAACCGUAGACACAUUCUGAUACAAUACAGUUUCUCAGUGUGCACAGUAAUGCAUCAUUCCCUAUUAUGUGAAAAGUUCAAGAAAUGUUUAACCCAAAAUAGUUCACUGAAUAAUGAAAAUUUGCUGAG